AACCAGAGACUCACCCUGCCCCUGUUCAUCUCUGUGGUUUGCUGGAGUAUGUUUCACCUCUUCUCUUACUGCUGGUCUUGGCUGCAAGCUAUCCAAGAGCCAAUGAGGAAAGUGACCAUCCUUGUCCUUGGCCUAGACAGUGCAGGAAAAAGUUCCCUGGUGAAAGAAAUCCAGAGAGUCCUCUCCUGUGAAGUGCUUCCCAUCACCAAGCCAAACCAGACGGCACUCAGGGUGGACAGGUUUGAGGUGUCCCUCAUUGACCUGCCUGGUGGACAGCAGUCCUUGGGAACUUGGAGGGACCAAUACAGCACUGCUCAUGGAAUUAUCUUUGUGCUUGACUCCAGCGAUGUGGCAAGGAUGGAAGAGGCCAAGAAGACUCUCUCCCGUGUUCUGGGGCACCCCAAAGUUUCAGGAAAGCCUCUGUUACUGUUGGCAAACAAGCAGGACAAGCUGGACGCUCUCUUGCCCUGUGAGAUCAUUGAGUGCCUGUCUCUGGAAAAGUUGGUGAAUGAAAACAAGUCGUUGUGUCGAAUUGAACCAUGUUCAGCUUCCAAAAGGCUUCCCAAAAUCCAAUGCUGGGCCAUCGUUCAAGGGCUACAUUGGCUGUUGCGUACAAUUGCCAUCAACUACAGUGUACUGUGUGGUCGCAUCCAGGAAGACAGUCCUGAACAGCAAGUGUCACUAGAGCAGGAGGUAUCCAAGAAAGUACAGAAAUCCAGGAACAGGACAUCAGAAGCCAGGGAGCCAUUGGCCAGAAGGGAGUUCAGCCAAGAAGGAAAUGCCAAGAUGGAGGAAAGAAAACCCACAAAGCUGCCCCAGAAUAUCCCCUCCCAGCCAGAAGAAAUGGCGGUGGCCUCCAAGAAAAAGAAAGGGAAAUUAAAGCCGAAGGUGAAGAAGAAAGGUUUGGUGCAGUCGGAGAAUACCUUGACAGAAGAUGACAGUCCUAAAGCAGCAGCAAGUGGGAGCAAAGUGGGAGGUGUCACUGUCCGCCGUCCCAGCAACAAGGUUGCCCAAGAGAACCCCAGAGUUCUGGAAACAACUCCACCCCCAGCAGGACAAAGUACAAAGAAGAAAAAUAAAAGACUGAAAAAUAAAGUCAAAUCUCAGGAAUCACCACAGAUCCAUCCAAACGAGCACCUAUCAAGCACUUUUGAUUUGUAUCGGAGAGCCAUGCUGGCUCUGAAAAUGCAGCCAGAGGGCCGGAAGCCACAGUCUACAACCACUCCCUAACUGAGGUGCUCCACACUUUCCCUUGGGACUGAGGAUUCAAAGUGGUACUAAGAGAAUUGAAGAAACUGCAGCA